UGUUUGAUCAACAUAAGCUACCACAAAUUCUGAUCAAGGCUUUUCUACUUUGUCCCGCAAGUCUUCCUACCUUUCUUUGCUCAACCUAUACAACAAAGCAUCCAGUAGAGUAAUGGCCAUCCGUCUUCCUCGUAUUCUUCAAGCUAAGCAAAUCCUAAGACAGUCUUCGAAAGAUGUUUCGAAGGGCUACGUUGCAGUUUAUGUUGGAGAAAGUGAAAAGAAACGAUUUGUGAUUCCCAUUUCUUACCUGAAUCAGCCUACAUUCCGAGAAUUGUUGAGUCAAGCUGAGGAAGAAUUUGGCUUUGAUCAUCCAAUGGGGGGUUUGACAAUCCCUUGCAGAGAAGACAAGUUCAUUGAUGUGACCUCUUGCUUGAGUUAAAAUAUGAGUUUGCAGCAAUGGCAUGCAAAAUUAGAGAAUAGUAGUAGUUUUUUUGGGUAGUUAAGAAUAGUAGUAGAUGUCAAGGCACAAUUUUUGUAACGUAGAGAACAUAUUAGUUUUGUACAGUGUUUUCUUCCAUCAUAGAAAGAGGAUUAUGAAUAAUGGAACCUUCUUCUUUUGCAUUCUCUG